UUUCGUUCGUUUAAACUCUCAGAUUGUCUUGUACUGUUUUUGCAAUAGUGUCGUCUUUCCUAAUGAGGGAGUUCCGUCCCUCUCUGGCACUGGGAGAUGGUGGUGUUAAACAUUUCUGACCAGCCACCCCUGGUCCAGGCUGUAUUUAAUCGGAAUGCAGAUGAAGUUCAGUUAUGUUUGCACAAGAAAGAUGAAGUCAAUGCACUGGACCAGGAGCGACGCACGCCUCUGCACGCUGCUGCUUGGUUGGGAGACGUCCAUAUCAUGGACCUCCUCAUCACAGCAGGUGCGAAUGUUAAUGCGAAGGACCACAUGUGGCUGACGCCGUUACACCGAGCAGCAGCUUCCAGGAAUGAGAGGGCAGUGGGGCUGCUGUUGCGAAAAGGGGCCGACGUGACUGCGAGGGAUAAGUUCUGGCAGACGGCACUGCACAUCGCUUCAGCAAACCGGGCCAUGCGCUGCACCGAAGCCCUGCUGUCCCACAUCAGCAGUGUGAACAUGGCCGACCGCACGGGCAGAUCUGCCCUCCACCAUGCCGCCCAGAGCGGCUGCCACGAGAUGGUGAAAUUGCUGCUGAACAGAGGGGCCAAUCUGAGUGCCAGCGAUAAAAAGGAGAGGCAGCCCAUCCACUGGGCGGCUUACCUCGGUCAUCUAGAGGUGGUGAAGUUACUGGUGUCUCAAGGUUCAGAUAAGAGCUGUAAGGACAAGCGAGGCUACACUCCUCUGCACUCUGCUGCUGUGGGUGGACACGUCGAUGUGGUCAAGUACUUGUUGCGCAACGGAGCUGAGAUUGAUGAGCCCAACGCUUUUGGAAACACCGCUCUACAUGUAGCCUGUUAUAUGGGGCAGGAAGCAGUCGCUAAUGAGCUGGUUAACCGUGGUGCUAACGUUAACCAGCCCAACCAGCGAGGCUUCAGCCCCCUGCACCUGGCUGCCGUGUCCACCAACGGCGCCCUCUGUCUGGAGCUGCUGGUCAACAACGGGGCUGAUGUCAACAUGCAGAGCAAAGAAGGCAAGAGCCCCCUCCACAUGGCAGCCAUCCACGGACGCUUCACUCGCUCCCAGAUCCUCAUUCAGAAUGGUGGGGAGAUAGACUGUGUGGACAGAUAUGGCAAUACUCCUCUUCAUGUUGCUGCUAUGUAUGGCCAUGAGCUGCUCAUCAGCACCUUAAUGACAAACGGUGCUGAUACAGCCAGGCAAGGGAUUCAUGGGAUGUUCCCACUGCACUUAGCCGUGCUCUACGGGUUCUCUGACUGUUGCCGCAAGCUGCUCUCCUCAGGUCAGCUGUACAGCAUCGUGCUGUCGAUGAGCAAAGAGCACGUGCUGUCAGCCGGCUUCGACAUCAACACUCCGGACGAGUACGGAAGAACCUGCUUACACGCUGCUGCCUCUGGAGGAAACACUGAAUGUCUGAACCUGCUGUUGAGCAGCGGCGCUGACAUGAAUAAGAAAGACAAGUUUGGGAGGACCCCUUUGCACUAUGCGGCUGCUAACCGGAGGUAUCAGUGUGUGGUGAUUCUAGUGGGAGCAGGAGCCGAGGUCAACGAGCCGGACCGCACUGGCUGCACACCUUUACACUACUCGGCUGCUUCCACAGCUUUCUGCAGGGUGGAUCGAGGCCAGCAGAGUCCAGAGGAUGGAGAGAAGGAGUCAUUCAUGUGUGUGGAGUACUUGCUGGAUAACGGAGCAGACCCGUGUCUGUGCAACUCCAAAGGAUACAGCGCUGUCCACUACGCAGCCGCCCACGGCAACAAGCAAAGCCUUGAGCUGCUUUUGGUGAUGUCCUACAAUAUAUCUGGAGAUGCAGAAAGCACUGGACCUGUCAGUCCCUUACACUUAGCAGCGGAGGCAGGACACUGGGAGUGUGUGAGCGUGUUGGUCGAGUCGGGCGUGUGCGUGGAUGUGUGUGACUCAGCGGGGCGCUCCGUGCUCUACGUGGCGUCUCGGAGAGGACACACUCGCUGCGUGGAGCUGCUGCUCAGCCAGUCAGCGUCCUGCCUGCUCACUGAGCACUGCAAUAAGUGGAGUCCUCUACAUGUUGCAGCUGCCAAUGGCCACACAGACUGUCUGCAGAUGCUGCUGUCUAGCGAAGAGGACACUGACCUUCCAAAUGUCUCAGACACAGAGGGCCAAACUCCUCUGAUGUUGGCUGUACUGGGAGGUCACACUGACUGCGUCCUCUUGUUGCUGGAGCAAGGGGCGUGUCCUGAUGCAAGAGACAGGAAAGGAAGAACGGCACUGCACAGAGCGGCACUGCUCGGGUGGGAGGACUGCGUCACGGCACUGCUCUCCCACAAUGCCACAGUCCUGAUGAAAGAUGUUCGAGGCUGCACUGCACUCCACCUGGCUGCUUCCUGUGGCCACGCUGAGAUCCUGUCCCGAAUGUUGUCUGCUGCUGACCACACCAACCCACGCCAUCCAAUCAGUGACUGCCAUGGUUUCACCCCCACACACUGGGCAGCCCAUCACGGUCAUGAAGACUGUUUGGAAGUUUUACUUGAAAUUAAACCAUGUAGUAUCAAGGAGGGAAACCCCUUCACCCCACUGCACUGUGCUCUAAUUAAUGGCCAUAGUGGUUCUGCAGAAAUUCUCUUGAACUCCAGUUUUGGCUCGUCACUGGUCCAUGCCAGGGAUGCAAAGGGAAGGACUCCACUCCAUGCUGCCUCCGUAGCCGAGGACGUUUCCGGGCUGCUCCUGAUUCUGCGUAUGGGGGCUGACAUUAACGCCGUGGACCACUCGGGACGCUCGGCGCUCAUGGUGGCUGCUGAUAAGGGCAAAAGCGGCGCUGUGGCCCUGCUGCUGCAUCGAGCCAAAGCUGAUCUGUCUCUUCUGGAUGUCAACAGAAACACUGCCCUGCAUCUGGCCUGCAGCAAGGCUCAUGAGAUGUGUGCCAUGCUGAUCUUGAAAGAGAUCCACAACCCGGUUCUCAUCAAUGCAACCAACAGCAUGCUUCAAAUGCCUCUUCACAUCGCAGCCAGGAACGGCUUGGCCACUGUGGUUCAGGCUUUGCUGAACCGUGGAGCCACAGUGCUGGCAGUUGAUGAGGAAGGUCAUACCCCUGCCUUGGCAUGCGCUCCCAACAAAGCCGUGGCCGACUGCCUCGCUCUCAUCCUCUCAACCAUGAAGCCUUCUUCCUCCAGCGCUCCCUCUUCCUCUCCCUCGUCCCCCAGGCUGAACCUGCUCAAGCAUUGUGGCAUCACAGCCGCUUGCCCCCCUUUGCCCAACGGAGGCCUUCGCCACACCUACGGCAAAGAUCGGCACGGCGCUGCCUUCGGAUUGGACGGAUGUCUGACCGAAUUCUGAAACGUUUGUCUGCCGUUUGUGCAGCGUGUUUACUGAGGAAAAACUCGUGCUACCAUCGCCGAACCAGGUGGGCGUGGUAGGGAAUCAGGUUCAAAGUGAGUAUUUGACUUUUUGUUUGUUUGUUUCAAAAUAAAUACCCAAUAAAAAGUUUUUCUGCAAGUUAAUACUCAGUAGGAUUUUUAUUUCUUUCUUCGAUUUAAGUUGCAGAAGACUGCAAACAAACAAAUGCUGCUGAUCGCUGGCCUACUUACUUGUUCAUACUAGUAAGAAAUGAUAGAUAAAACACUCCUAGCCUGGAAACAUUUGUUUCCUGUGUCCCCGGGCUGCUGAUUUGUCCACCCCUGAUGGAUAUUACAUCACACACCUACUUUUUAAAUCGGAUUAUUUAUUUCUUUGUGUAGUGAAGUGUUCUGAGCUGAACCACAGCGAGCACAUUGCUUUGAGGUUGACGACAAUGUACAGUAUAUAUUUUUUAAACUUAAAGUAGCCGAGUGUUUUAUGGCCAAGGAUCAAUCUAUGAUUCUGUAGAGACGGCCAGUGACAUUUAAUUUUUGUCCUAAAACAAGCAAUAUAAUCAAGAGACAGGUGUAUAUUUUGAAAGGUGGUGAUUUGCUGGGUCACUUUGGCUCGUGGAUUCUUGUUUGCUUUGGUUGUGGGGUUUUUUGUUUUGUUUUGUUUGUUUUUGUCUGUGGCACCUUAGGUAAAACACCCUCUCCUUGAGAGAGCCUUACUUCAGUCAGACUGAAUGUGAAUUUGCUGUGUACAGGAUUUCAGGCCAUUUUGAAUGGACUGGCUGCAUUCAUGCUCGGGUCUCGUACCUGAAUCCGGUUUCACAAAAGACCCGAAGUCUAUGAGACUUUUAUUGUUUUUUGCUGUUACAAAAGAAAUGCAAAAAUACUAUGCUCUGAUCAUGUCAGGCAGCACCGUGUGUGUGUGUGUGUGUGUGUGUGUGUGAAGUUAGUAUGGGGUCAUAUCAAACCUUGUAUACCUCAUCAGCAUAUCUGCAAAUACUGUUUGGUUUUUUUUUUUGGUUGGUUUUUUUUCCCUUUUUUUUUUUUUCCUGUGUGGUUAGGGAAAAGACACCAUCACCAGCAUGUGCUCGAAGCCUGGGACCACAGCGGGGGGGUGUACCAUCACUACUCAAACCCCCUGCGUCAGCCAAAACACAUCACACUCACAUCUACUGCCUUCUCUAAAAGCAUGACCCAAACCAGAGUUGAUUUUCACUGUUUUAUCUGUUUAUUUACUGUUCGCAGCGUUCUGAGGAGUAGCAGAAUUAUUCCUACCUCUGCGUGUCGCAGCUUGAUGUAUAUCCGAAUCUCUCACCUUGUCAUGGUGAUGAAAUGGAAAAAUAUGUAUAUGGAACAGAUGUGCGUGUAAUUUAUCGUCAACAAGCGGUAAUAUUAAAAUUAAAAAAAAAAUGUAAAGUGCUCGAUUGUGUCUCAGUGUAAAAUGAAAGUGUAUACACAGCAGAGUACCACUGGAAUGUGAAGCCAGACUGUAUUAGAAAAUUGCCCCCCCCCCCCCCCCUCUUCCUCCCAUCUUUCUGAUGAUGUCACGUGUUUCUGAUGUUUGCUAAAAAAACAGGGAAGCCUAUCAGCCUAUCUAUUACAGCUUGUGUAUACUGUACCUUUUAUACCUGCUGUAUCUUUUUUUUUUUUCUCUUUUCUCCAUUGUGGUGUUUUUUUUUUUUUUGGUUUGUUUGUUUGCUUGGUUUUUUUUUCCCCCCCUCCUCGUGUCUUCAGUUUCUUUCUCCCCUGACCCUUUAAAUCACUUCUCAAUGUUCACUGUGAGCCCUCUGAAUUCAAGUUUACAACUCUUCAUGGAGUGUGUGCGAGAUUCCGGGUGAGUUUCGGGCAUUGUGCGGGUGGGUAGGUGCAUGCAUGACUUUGGUACCUAAGCAACAAUUCAAUUUUCUACUGGCGGUUGGGGGGUUUGAAAGGGCGAAUAGGUCAGCGUUAUUAAUAACGGGGUCCUUCCAGUUCCCCGAGCCUUACACCGUUCCAAAAUCAAAUUAAACCAUUCAGCCUUUGGACAUCUGUAGCCACCUUCAGUUCAUUGUAGUGUCCUAAAAGCAUGAAUCGUUAAGGAAGCUACCCCACCCCCAUGUCGUACCCUUUCACACCCCCUAGCUGUGCCCACCCCAAAAAAAAAUAAAAUAAACCUCAAGCCAUUCAUUUCUUUGUGUGAUGAUGCAAUCCUGAAAGCACUUUGCCUUGUUAAUUCCUAGUAGGAGCUUGUAAUUGGUUAAUUGUUACUAACAGAUGUGAACAUCUGUAACAUGUAUUUAACUAAGAAGGAACAUUUAUCAUUGUUUUGAAUUUGGUAUUAUAUGAACUCGAUCUGACUUUAAAAUACAGAAAAAAAAAAUCCUGUACAUUUUGCGUUUGCCAGUUUCAUAAUAUGCUGCAGCCAGUAGGUCUUGUCAUUCAGUAUUGUGGCUUAGGAUUGAUUAUGUUUGAAAUAAAG